CCUAGUUUAAAAUUAACAGGGGACGCAACUGAUUCGAUGCUUUCAAAUCUCGCUUUAGAACGUUAACCUACAUUAGAAGCUGAUAAACAAGAGGUUGGCGUCUAAAAUUAUCCCGGAUUAAUUCUUCUUAGAUCUACGAGCUUAACAAACGCAUAGCAGUAACAUUUAAAGGAUUUAUGUUCACAGUAAACUGUUUAAUUUAUAUUAUUAAUUCGACUGUGCCGGUAUAAGUAAUAUUUUGUUAGUCACACUUGUAUAAUAAAAAAAAAUGACGGAUAAUGGCGAGCCCUCGUCGCCGGGCUCAAAAUCAAAGAUGUCUGCAGAAUAUUCAUUGGAUGAUCGAAAGAUCUCUGAAGACAGAGGUCCAAAUAAAAUGAAUGACAAGGCAGCACAAAAACCAGUCUCAAAGCCUUCUGGGAAGACAGUCACUUGCAAUGUGUUCCUGUUGGAUGGUGAAAAUGUAGAGAUACCUCUUGAUAAAAAUGAUGUUGGUAGAGUUUUAUUGGACAAAGUGUGUACUCAUCUGGACCUUAUUGAAAGAGAUUACUUUGGUCUAACAUACACUGAUGACAGAGGGCCUUCUCAUUUAAAGUACUGGUUAAACCUAGACAAGAAAAUUUCAAAACAAAAGAAACGUGGUGCUUGGGUGUUUGAAUUUGCUUUGAAGUUUUACCCACCUGAUCCAACACAUCUGAGAGAAAGUCUGACAAGAUGGUUGGUAGUUCUUCAGGUCAGAAGGGAUUUGCUGAGUGGAAGGUUACCUUGCACUUUUAACACUUAUGCCUUAUUGGGUUCCUACAAUGUCCAAGCAGAUAUUGGAGAAUUUGAUUCAACUGAUCAUGGUCAUUCAUGGGAUUAUAUAAAGGACAUGACUUUUGCUCCAACACAGACUCCAGAACUUUUAGACAAAAUAGCAGAGCUUCAUAAACUACACAAGGGACAAACACCAGAUGAAGCAGAAAAGAACUUCUUGGACAAUGCUAAAAAACUGGCAAUGUAUGGUGUUGACCUGCAUAAAGCCAAAGAUUCAGAUAACAAUGCAAUCAUGAUUGGUGUCUGCUGCAGUGGUAUUCUCGUUUACAGAGAAAAGCUAAGGAUUAAUCGUUUUGUCUGGCCCAAAAUUCUCAAGUUGUCCUACAAACGUAAUCACUUCUAUAUCAAGAUUAGACCUGGAGAGCUGGAAAGAAAUGAAACUACCAUUAUGUUCAAGCUGGACAAUCACAGAUUAGCAAAACGUUUAUGGAAAACCUGUGUUGAACAUCAUGCAUUUUUCAGGUUAAGAGAAGCAGAAAAACCCAGUAACAAUGUUUCUUUCCCACGAUUUGGCUCCAAGUUCCGCUAUUCAGGGAGAACAUUAUAUCAGACCAGACAGAAUGCUGCACUUCUUGACAGGCCACCACCCUUUUUUGAAAGAUCCCAACCAGCUCGCAACACAAUGCCCGACUCAGCCAGACGAUCUCAAAGUUUGGAUGAACCUCUCUCUCAAAUUAAUCUUGAUGGUCACAAACGUAAACUUAGUAGUGAUAACCUUCAAAGGCUUCCAUAUGAUGCUCCAGACAAAAAGAAUCUGGAGCCUGAUAGUAUUCCACUUUGUGAUGAGUAUGGCAAGCCAUUAUUUGACAAACCUGUUUAUAAUGAGGAAGGAAAAAUUAUAUUUGAUGAAAAAGGCAAGCCAUAUGACCUCAAAGAUGCUCCCCAAGGAAGUGGAAAACCUUUAUUGAAUGAAGAUGGAAAACCUUUGUUUGAUGAAAAGGGCAAACCAUUGUUCUUCAAGGAUGGCCAUAGAGUGGUGGGCAAGCCUUUAUAUGAUAAUGAUGGCAAGCCAAUAUUUGACAGAAAUAAUAAUCCUCUGUACGGUAAACCAGUCUUUGGUGUUCCGAUCUACGAUCAAAAAGGAAAACCAGUGUGCGAUGAGGAUGGUAAUCCUUUGUAUGUGAGACCUAUAGAUGGGCAACCAAUCUGUGAUAGUAGAGGUCAACCCCUGUAUGACAAAAAAGGCAAGCCCCUUCACCAUAAAGAUGGAAUACCAUUUUUUGACAAAAGUGGAGAUCACUUACAUGGCCAGCCUGUAUAUGACAAAGAUGAUAACCCAAUCUACAACAAUGAUGGCAAGGGUGUUUUUGAUAGAGAUGGGCGUCAGUUCUAUGAUGAUGAUGGCAAGCCUGUCCUGGAUAAAUCUGGCAGCCCACUGUAUUUGAAGCCUGCUUAUGACAGAAACAGCAAACCAUUGUCAAACAAAAAUGGUCAGCCUUUGUAUGGCAAAAAUGUGAAACCUCUUUACUGGGAAGAUGUCUAUGAUAAGGAUGGAAAACCUUACUUUGGAAAAUUGUAUGAUGGAGAGGGAAAUGUACAUCCCAUUUUGACAUCAUUAAAGGCAAGUGACACUCCAGAUAAGAAUGCAGUAGCUCUGUUGGAUGACAUUGGGAAACCUCUGUAUCACAAACCAGUGUUUGACCCCGAUGGAAGGCCAUUAUAUGAUGCAAAAGGAAAAUCAUUGUAUCCUAAAGACAGUAGUGACAAUGGAAAACCUUUGGUUGGUGAAGAUGGCAAAGCUAUUCUUGACAAAGAUGGAAAGCCCCUGUACUACAGAGAUGGACAGAAAGUUAUGGGCUUACCCCUGUUUGAUGAGACAGGAUUACCUGUUUGUGACAAAGAUGGCAAACAGCUGUAUGGCCAGCCUAUCUUUGGUGUGCCAACUGUGGAUAAAAAUGGCAGCUCUGUUUACGAUGUGGAUAACAAUCCCCUCUUCUCUAGACCGCUGCAGGGAGAGCCUGUCAGGGACAAAGACGGUAAACCAUUGGUAGGAAAAGAUGGUAAACCUCUGGUGUACAAUGAAGGCAGGGGGUUCUAUGAUAAGAAGGGUAAUCCAUUGCAUGGCAUACCGCUCUAUGAUAAGGAUGACCUUCCUGUGUAUAACAAUGAUGCCAAACCUGUUUAUGAUAAAGAGGGCAACCUGUUCUAUGAUGAAGAUGGAAAUGUUAUGGCUGAUUCAAGUGGUAAGCCUUUAUAUACAAAGCCAGCCUGUGAUCCUUCUCAAAAGCCACUGCAAGACAAAGAUGGCAAACCAUUGUUUGGCAAAAACUUCAGACCUUUGUAUUGGGAUCAAGUGUAUAGCAAAGAUGGAAAACCAUUUGAUGGAAAGCUGUACACACCUGAUGGCAAAUUACAUCCCUAUGCAACAGACCAAAAGGCUAAAGAAGUUGCAGAUGCUGAUUUUAUUCCAAUUUAUGAUGCCAAGGGCAAGCCAUUGUUUGAUAAGCCAGUUUAUAAGCUUGAGGGUAAACCUUUAUUUGAUGAUAAAGGCAAAGCUUUGUACCCAGAUGAAAAAUCAGCAACGGCUAAACCUUUGACAGAUGAUGCUGGCAAACCUCUACUGGACAAAAAAGGCAAGCCUUUAUUUUACAAAGAUGGUCAACAAGUGUUUGGAAAGCCACUUUAUGAUGAACAUGGGAAAGGACUAUUUGAUAAAAAUGGUAGGAAACUCUAUGGAAAGCCAGUUUAUGGUGUUCCCUACACUGAAAAGGAUGGUAAACCAGCCCAUGAUUCUGAUGGCAACCCAUUGUUUGCUAGGCCUCAUGAAGGUGAACCAGUGUUAGGUAAAGAUGGAAAACAACUGUUUGACAGAGAUGGAAGGCCACUGGCUCAUCAAGAAGCGACACCAUUUUACGACAAAGAAGGCAAUCAUUUACAUGGUAAACCAUUACUAGACAAAGAUGGUCUGCCCAUAUACAACAAAGAUGGCAGGCCUGUUUAUGAUAAAGAUGGUAAACUGUUUUAUGACUCUGAGGGCAGGCCUAAUGUUGAGAAGAGUGGUAAACCUUUGUACAGUAAGCCUGCCUUUGACCAAGAUGGUAAACCCAUCCCGAACAAAGAUGGGAAACAGACAAGUGGUAAAGACUUCAGACCUGUUUACUGGGAAGAUAUCUACGAUGAAGAUGGCAUGCCCUUCUUUGAUGUUGCCUAUAGUAAAGAUGGUAAACCUCACCCCUACACAUUGGAGAGAACAGGUCCAAAACUCCUUAAGGCCAGUGAGAACAUUCCUUUAUAUGAUGAAAAUGGCAAACUUUUGUUUGCUAAGCCUGUUUACAUUGAAGAAGGAAAACCACUGUUUGAUGACAAGGGCAAGUCCCUGUAUGACAAAAAUAGUCCUAGUAAGGCCCUUCUGGACGAAGCUGGCAAGCCAAUCAAGGAUAAACAUGGAAAGCCAUUGUACUUUAGAGAUGGGCAACAAGUAUUUGGAAAACCAUUGUAUGAUGAGAAUGGGAAUCAACUCUUUGACAGUGAUGGCAAACCUCUUUAUGGAAAGCCUGGUUAUGGAGCUCCUUUAUUGGAUAAAGAUGGAAAACCUAUGCUUGAUUCUGAUGGUAAUCCAUUGUAUGAGAGACCCAAAGAUGGUCAACCAAUUACUGACAGAUAUGGCAAUCCACUGUAUGGUAGUGAUGGUAAACCAUUGUCUCAUGAAGAGGCCUUGCCAUUCUAUGAUGGUGAUGGGCACCACUUACAUGGCAAACCAUUGUAUGACAAAGAUGGCUUACCUGUAUAUGAUAAUGAUGGCAAACCAGUUUACAACAAGGAAGGUUUACCCUUUUAUGACAAAGAUGGCAAGCCAGUUGUGGACAAGAGUGGCAAACCUAUCUACAGCCAACCAGCCUAUGACCAAAAUGGUAAAGCACUGAGUAGAAAAGAUGGUAAACCUUUGCAUGGCAAGGAUGUCAGACCUGUGUAUUGGGAACAGAUUUAUAAUGUUGAUGGCAAACCAUUCUUUGGGAAAGUAUAUAGCAAAGAUGGGAAACAGCAUCCAUACACUAUUGAAAGAAGCAAGAUUGGCAAACCUGUCAAGGCCAGUGAGAACAUUCCUUUAUAUGAUGAAAAUGGCAAACUUUUGUUUGCAAAGCCUGUUUACAUUGAAGAAGGAAAACCACUGUUUGAUGACAAGGGCAAGUCCCUGUAUGACAAAAAUAGUCCCAGUAAGGCCCUUCUGGAUGAAGCUGGCAAGCCAAUCAAGGAUAAACAUGGAAAGCCAUUGUACUUUAGAGAUGGGCAACAAGUAUUUGGAAAACCAUUGUAUGAUGAGAAUGGGAAUCAACUCUUUGACAGUGAUGGCAAACCUCUUUAUGGAAAGCCUGGUUAUGGAGCUCCUUUAUUGGAUAAAGAUGGAAAACCUAUGCUUGAUUCUGAUGGUAAUCCAUUGUAUGAGAGACCCAAAGAUGGUCAACCAAUUACUGACAGAUAUGGCAAUCCACUGUAUGGUAGUGAUGGUAAACCAUUGUCUCAUGAAGAGGCCUUGCCAUUCUAUGAUGGUGAUGGGCACCACUUACAUGGCAAACCAUUGUAUGACAAAGAUGGCUUACCUGUAUAUGAUAAUGAUGGCAAACCAGUUUACAACAAGGAAGGUUUACCCUUUUAUGACAAAGAUGGCAAGCCAGUUGUGGACAAGAGUGGCAAACCUAUCUAUAGCCAACCAGCCUAUGACCAAAAUGGUAAAGCACUGAGUAGAAAAGAUGGUAAACCUUUGCAUGGCAAGGAUGUCAGACCUGUGUAUUGGGAACAGAUUUAUAAUGUUGAUGGCAAACCAUUCUUUGGGAAAGUAUAUAGCAAAGAUGGGAAACAGCAUCCAUACACUAUUGAAAGAAGCAAGAUUGGCAAACCUGUCAAGGCCAGUGAGAACAUUCCUUUAUAUGAUGAAAAUGGCAAACUUUUGUUUGCAAAGCCUGUUUACAUUGAAGAAGGAAAACCACUGUUUGAUGACAAGGGCAAGUCACUGUAUGACAAAAAUAGUCCCAGUAAGGCCCUUCUGGAUGAAGCUGGCAAGCCAAUCAAGGAUAAACAUGGAAAGCCAUUGUACUUUAGAGAUGGGCAACAAGUAUUUGGAAAACCAUUGUAUGAUGAAAAUGGGAAUCAACUCUUUGACAGUGAUGGCAAACCUCUUUAUGGAAAGCCUGGUUAUGGAGCACCUUUAUUGGAUAAAGAUGGAAAACCUAUGCUUGAUUCUGAUGGUAAUCCAUUGUAUGAGAGACCCAAAGAUGGUCAACCAAUUACUGACAGAUAUGGCAAUCCACUGUAUGGUAGUGAUGGUAAACCAUUGUCUCAUGAAGAGGCCUUGCCAUUCUAUGAUGGUGAUGGGCACCACUUACAUGGCAAACCAUUGUAUGACAAAGAUGGCUUACCUGUAUAUGAUAAUGAUGGCAAACCAGUUUACAACAAGGAAGGUUUACCCUUUUAUGACAAAGAUGGCAAGCCAGUUGUGGACAAGAGUGGCAAACCUAUCUACAGCCAACCAGCCUAUGACCAAAAUGGUAAAGCACUGAGUAGAAAAGAUGGUAAACCUUUGCAUGGCAAGGAUGUCAGACCUGUGUAUUGGGAACAGAUUUAUAAUGUUGAUGGCAAACCAUUCUUUGGGAAAGUAUAUAGCAAAGAUGGGAAACAGCAUCCAUACACUAUUGAAAGAAGCAAGAUUGGCAAACCUGUCAAGGCUCAUCUUUUGAAUGCUGGUCUUGGUUUGGGCAAAGUGGAUAGGACUGGAGUAGUUGGAGAUGAAAGAGAGAUUGAGAAUAGGAAUCAUUUCAUGCCUCUACCCAAACCUGUCAAGGCAUCAAAAGAUACCCUGAAAUCCAAUUUGUCAUUUUUUCAUCCUGAUGCUACAAGUACAGUUGCUAGGAGCAAGGUGCCUCCACCUGUGGCGCCUAAAGGAAAUCACAGUUUAGAUGAUAGUUUCGGUCCACUGACUGUUGCCACGGAAAAAGUAAAAUACAACCCCAACUACUCCGACGUGCCGUUGUCCAGCAGGAAUAUUCCGCUGGUGAAAACAGAGAUCCGCACAGUCAAAUAUGAGCAUGACAACUGUCCGCCUGAUCUGGAGGAUGGCAUUCUGGUCAGUGCUCAUUCCCACAGCAGUAGAUUACAGACUAUUGAAACUGUGACUUACAGAACAGAGAGAGAUGGCGUUGAAGAGACAAGAUAUGAGCAUAAAGUGGUCUUGUCAAAUGAUGAAGAGGAUGAUUAUGAUUUUGAUGCUGCCUUAGUAGAAGCUAUCCGUUCAGUGACAGAAUUCAACCCAGACAUGUCUGUAGAGAGAAUAGAAUGUGUUCAACAACUGGAAGAUGUUGGGAAAUAAAGUUUGAAUGAAUGAUUAGCUUAUAUCUGUCUUGUCCAAGCCUAUGAAUGUCUAGCAACUUGGAAGAACAGCAGUUAGUUCUUCUGUUCAAUGUGAACAUUGUCUUGUCAAUGAAAUCUCAAUUUUCUUAUGGACUCUAUUGGAAUGCACUGUAGCAUUGUAUUUUAUGGAAACAAAUUUGGUUCUCUGUAGAGUUGGCUAUAAGUGGGAAAUGUAGAGUUGGCUAUAAGUGGGAAAUGUGUUUGUGCUGAUGUUUUGUAUCAUUGUUUUUUUAAGAGGAUAGCAUGAGCUAGAGUUGAACAAAGCAAUGCUUGUCUUUAAACUUGGCAUUACAACACAUAAAUAGAUAGAUAGCUGACAUGCCUGUUGCUUUUAUUCUGUUACUUUAAAAAAAAAAAAUUAUUUUGUUUUGGAGCUGAUGAUUUAACUUUUUUUUAUAAUCAUUCCAUGUACAAAUCUUUCCAAUUUAUAUAUGUCUACACUCUUGUUCAAUUUUAAAAGCAAGGUUUAAGUAGAUUUUUAAUGCCUUUGUUUGAAGACUUGUGCUCAGUGUGUAAUUGUGUGUGUGUGUGUGUGUGAUUGGUUUAAUGAACACUUGUUAUGAGAGAUGGCUUCUAUUGUUAGUUUAAUUCUUGCUCUGUUGUAUUUGUAUUUUUAGUGUAUUUAUAAAGGCAAAUAUUUUACGAUUGUACAUUUUAAUGUUACAGUUUUAGGUCUAAAACUAUAUUUUGAAGCUUGUGUUGGGUAUAUUUUGACAGGUCUAGUUUUCAAUUUGUGUGUUAAUCUAAGUACUGCUUGUUUUUUUGUUUUUUUCCGAAAAAUGAUUUUUUAGGGGAAAAGUGAAAGUCUUGAGUUCCUUGCUUGGCAGUACGAACAUGCUAUUUGAAUUCAAUGUGUCUAUGUCCUGUUUGUUUUCUUUCUUGUUGAUGACUGUGUGAACUUGAAAUAACAUGAAGGCUUGACAUGUUGGUUUCUUCUCUUGGCUUUGUUUUCAUUUUUGUGAACAAAUAUGUGAUUCAAACAAAUGUGUAUAAUUAAUGGGAGUAGAGAUUUCAAUUCUAAGAUUUAGUGUCAGUAGAAGAAAAGCUGCAUUUACCUAAACUGAUUGUAUGAUACAGAUUAUGUUCUGUCCUAUGACAUGCAUUUGAGAACUGAUUCUAGAGAUGGGAAAUUGGGAGUGGCUAUAAGUAAGGCAGCAUGCAUUGACACUUGUCAUCUGUCAUUGUGUUUAGGGAAAUGAACUCUUCCAUUGUAUUCUAGUUCCAAUACUAUCUGCUUGGCUAUUCCAUUACAUUUGCUUUUUGCUCCAACUGUUUCUACCAGUGUAGUGCGCUACCUGCACCUAUGGCAGGCCUUUUAGACUUUUCUCUUUUUCAACUCUGUAUUUGUGUACUAGAACAAAAGCUGAAAUGUAUGCUUAAAGCAGUCUUAGUUUAUUCAUGACUUAUUCAUGGGAAACAAAUUUUACAUAUUAGGAUAGCAACACACAGCAUUUUGUAUACUUUAUAAAAAUUGAAUAUUUUUAUUUUAAAAUCAUUGAAACAUUUUUUUUUUACUUCAUUGUAAGAGAUAUAAUGACCAAUAAAACAUUAUCUUUCAGAA